CGUCUGAAUAACUAUAUUGAAUCGAUAGUGCCCACCAUAUUGAAGAAUCUGAUCAUAAUUUCUCUUCCUAACUAUCUGAUCGACAGUGCCCACCAUAUUGAAGGAUCUCAUAAUUUCUCUUCCUAACUAUCUGAUCGAUAGUCCCAAUCUCAUGCCUUGCUAAAUGCCAAGUAUAUUUUCUGGAUUACUUGUUUAGACAGCUUUCUUUCUUUGGCUGAUCGGUUCAUAUAUACAAAUUUAGCUUGUCAAAAUUUUCUUGAUGGAAAUAGAGAGGACUAGCUCAGAUCCUCAGUCUAUUCCAAUUUCAAAAAUGACUCGCUCGCAAGAUGAGGAAGACCCCGCUGAAUCAAGACCACGUGUCAGGUGCUAUAUGAGUAUAUCAGACAAGAUAACAAGCCUACUUCAAUGCCUAUUUUGUUCAUGAUUGUUAUUAUUAGGUUUGCAACAUAUUACGACGGAGUAUGCACGACAAUACGUGUGAUGCUAGAGAUACUUGAUAACUCAUGGCGGAAGGUCCGAAGGAACCUAACGAUACUACUUGAUAACUUAUGGUGGAAAGUUGAUAACUUAAGGUGGAAGGUCCGGAGGAACAUGAGGAUACUACCUGAUAACUUAUGGUGGAAGGUCCGAAGCAACAUAGCAAGGUGGAAGGUCCGAAGUUUAUGGCGGAAUGCAACUAGUGUAAUAAGCUCAUGGUGGGAUACAAUAUUUGUAACAUCUUGUGUGAUUGCAGUCUCACAAGAUCCUUUAUUUUUUUAUAUUCCAACUAUAAAUGAGGAAGAAAAGUGCCUCGAAAUGGACACCAAGUUGAUGAUUGUAUCACUCGUUUUGCGAUCAUUGACGGACAUCAUUUUCAUAUGGGACAUUAAAAGUCAAAAUUAUAAGGCUGCAGCAAUAGCUAAGAUAUGGCGUGCAGUUGCAACAGACUUUUUUGCUAUACUUCCCGUCCCACAAGUGUUAAUAAUAGUCGUCCUUUACAAACAUCGAGACUUGGGAUAUCUGAAUGUGUUUCUUUUCAUUCAAUAUGUACCAAGGAUUUAUCGACUUAGUCAAUCGUUUGACAAUCUUAAGCGGAGAAGGGACACCGGAUUAUGGGUCAAGGUUGCAUUCAAUUUUUUUCUAUACAUCCUUGCUUGUCAUAUACUUGGAGCCUCGUGGUUUUUCUUUUCUGUUCAACGAGAGAUGUUAUGUUGGCGCCAAACUUGUGUAGAACAGAAGACAUGCCGAAGUAAUAUCAAGUGCAACGAAAAUAGUUCGAGAAAUGUCACAAAACUAGAUCAACUUUGUCCAAUGAAUCCAUCAAAUUCUACCGUAUUUGAUUUUGGGAUAUUUGUUAAUCCUCUGGGAACUAGUAGCAGAACACCAAUAAACUUCUCGACGAAGUUAUCUUACUCUUUCUGGUGGGGAGUGCGAAAUAUAAGUAAUUUUGGCACAAAUCUGGAAACAAGUACUUAUUUGGGGGAAGUUUGGUUUGCAACUCUAAUUUCGGUUAUCGGCUUGCUACUCUUUGUAUAUCUCAUUGGAAAUAAUGUUCAGACAUUCAUGCAAAUGAAAACUAUGAAAGAGGAGGAGGAAGCUAAAAAGAUGAGGCAAGAAGCUGAAAGAAUAAGGCAAGAGCUUCUCCAUCAAGAGAGACGCAUAAAUUCGUGGAUGCACCGACUUAAUUUCCCUGUGUUUUUGAGGGAAGAAGUCGAGAGAAAAAUUAAAGGAAAGUUGCAAGAAAACAAAGAGGCUAAUCUUGCUAAUGUAUUGACUCUAUUAUCAUUUAUGGAUUCGGACCUCCACAGAGAUGUAAAGUGGCUGAUGCUGGAAAAUGUGCCAGUUAUUAAAGAUAUGGGUCGGCGUGUGUUGUCUGAAAUUUCUGAGUUGAUGGAGAUAGUGGAGUACCCCGAAAAUACUUUGAUUGUUGAAAGGGCCGGACCCUUGGAUCGCAUGGUGGUCAUUACAGAAGGGACUAUGGGGGUCUACAAGACUAGCACGAACCCUUCUCCAUCAGCAAUCAUUCAAGGGUCUUUCGACCAAGGGAAUGUCUACGGACAUAUACAACUAGUGAGUUGGGCACUCUCAACCAACGGAAAUCUCGACUGCCUUCCUAUCUCAGAAGAAACCGUCAAGUGUCAUACCAAAGUAGAAGGAUUUGUUCUCACAGCCAGUGACUUGAAGAAGGUCCUCUCUAAAUACGGCGUAAUCCAAGACAAUGAUUCUGAUCAAGAUAGUGUGGAAAUUAGUAAUUCUAUUGAGGGGGAAAGUUCUUCUAGUAUGGGAUCAGCAAUCCCUGUAGCAACAGAUCAAGAUCAUGGGGAAAUUAGUAAUUCUAUUGAGGGGGAAAGUUCUUCUAGCCUGAGAUCAGCAAUUCUUGUAGCAACAACAGCCUCUCGUUUCCGGCGACGCCUUCGAAGAGCGAAGCCUGCAUUAAAUUUAGAUUUCGACCCCUCUAGCUACAAAGGAAUGUGAGAACCUGUGGAAAAACGAGCUUGAUGCUAAUGUAACCACUGUGUUAUUUGUUGCACAAAACUAAUCAAUUGUGAUCAGCUGCUAUUGGUAUUUUUUAUAUAUAUGUUUUUUAUGAUUUA